AUAGAACUGUGAGCUCAAGCUUCUCUCACUUGGUUCCACUUUGUCGUUAUCGCGUUUCUCCAUUUCUAUUGUUGCUUUGGAGUUGGUGAUGGAGUCUGAAGAUGUUGCCUCAGCCCCCUCAACACCCGUAACACCAGGGACUCCUGGUGCCCCUCUUUUUGGUGGGUUCAAACCAGAGAGAAGUGGCAGUGUUAGAAGAUCUCUUCUCAAGAGCUGCAAAUGCUUCAGUGUUGAAGCUUGGGCUUUGGAAGAGGGAAGCUUACCCUCUGUCUCCUGCGCAUUGCCACCACCUCCUGUCUCACUUGCAAGAAAGGUAGGAGCUGAGUUCAUAGGCACUCUGAUUCUCAUCUUUGCAGGGACAGCCACCGCCAUAGUGAACCAAAAGACACAAGGCUCCGAGACCCUUAUAGGCCUGGCUGCCUCCACUGGCCUCGCCGUCAUGAUCGUUAUACUGUCCACCGGCCACAUCUCAGGGGCUCAUCUCAACCCAUCCGUUACCAUUGCCUUCGCAGCCCUCAGGCACUUCCCGUGGAAGCAUGUGCCAGUGUACAUUGGAGCACAAGUGAUGGCAUCAUUAUGUGCAGCAUUUGCAUUGAAGGGGAUUUUCCACCCCGUAAUGGGUGGGGGAGUCACUGUUCCUUCAGGGGGCUAUGGUCAAGCAUUUGCUUUGGAGUUCAUUAUUACUUUCAAUCUCAUGUUUGUUGUUACUGCUGUCGCCACCGACACCAGAGCUGUGGGAGAGCUGGCAGGAAUCGCGGUGGGAGCUACUGUCAUGCUCAACAUACUCAUCGCUGGGUAAUACCUCAUGCCUUUCUUUUCAUAUUUUUAUGUCAUUUUCAAACCAAAUUCAGAUCUCUUUCACUAUAUUUUUAAUUAAUUUCGUUUAACCAUUUUAUAUGAGUAGAUUGUGACCAAUAGUGAUCUAUAGUGUACUGGAGAUGAUUGUAAUAUCCCCACCCCUAAAUGGGUGUGUUGGACGAUUAUUUGAUGAGAAUGACUUACAAGGUCCUAAAACUCCUAGAUCAACUCUCCUACUGUUAUGGUCAUACCAAAGUGAAUACACAUGCUCAAAUGGGUUCUAAUAUAUCCGUCUAUUCUUCUUGCCUGAGGAAUGAUUAUAUCCUCAACCCGGAGAAUAAAGAGAAAAGCUUGGCCUAUCUAUUUUAUCAUAGCCGACUUGUUGGAGAGAGCGGUGGUAGCGAAGGGACUCCUCGUCUAUAAAGUAGAGGCUUUAUUGAGUUCAAAAUAGGGCCGGGAAACCACCGGAGCUUCAAUGAAUCCGGUGAGAACUUUGGGGCCGGCGAUAGCUGCGAACAACUACAAAGCCAUAUGGGUGUACCUCACUGCUCCCAUACUGGGAGCACUGGCCGGAGCAGGUGUUUACUCUGCAGUCAAGCUGCCGGAGGACGAUGGCACAAGUCAUGUUGAUCCUCCAACAGCACAUAGCUUCAGAAGGUGAUCCAUAGAUGUCAUUAUCAUACCUACAUUAUUAAAUCCAGAUGCUCCGCCCGAAGACAAUGAAGAAGCUGUGCAAUGAAGAGACCAAUAAUGGCACAUAGCUAGACAAAAGCAGAGUGGAAAUUUGAUGGGCACAUACGAAAUAAAAGUAUAAAACUAAGUUGUAACAAAAUCCAUUUUGGGUCUUCUUGAAAUGUAUAGAACGAGCUAGAGAUUUCUUGGGAGAAAAAUCGAAUGCUAUGAUUGAUGCUUGACCCUUGUCUAACUGGAG